UGGUGCCCUUGCUCCGGGUGUACUACAUCGGCCUCCGCGUCAUCCUGCACCAGCUGCGCCGCCGCCUCCACCCGCGCUGCCCCCCGGCCCCAGACUUCGGCUCAGAGCCGCGUGGGCCCAGCCUCCCUCAGUCCAGGUACUCAUUAAUGAGUGAAGGAUCAAAAGGUGGGACGGUGGCCAAGAAGCAAUGGAGAAUAAAAGUUUAGAAGGUUCCCCAUCAGACCUAAAGUUAGUGGCUCACCCAAGAGCAAAGAGUAAAGUAUGGAAGUACUUUGGGUUUGAUACCAAUGCAGAAGGAUGCAUAUUGCAAUGGAAGAAGAUCUACUGCCGUAUUUGCAUGGCACAGAUUGCCUAUUCAGGAAACACGUCCAACCUCUCCUACCACCUUGAGAAAAAUCACCCUGAUGAAUUCUGUGAAUUUGUGAAAAGUAACACUGAGCAAAUGAGGGAAGCCUUCGCCACUGCGUUCUCAAAAAUCAAGCCAGAGUCCUCGCAGCAGGUUGUUCAGGAUAGCCUCAUCAUGAAGACGUACCAGAACUAUGAAAACAAAAAGCAUCAGGAGCUGACAUCUGCAGUCAUCAGCUUGAUUUGUGAGGGCAUGUAUCCAGCCUCUAUUGUUGAUGAACCCACAUUCAAGGCCCUCUUGAGAACAGCAGAGCCCAGGUAUGAACUUCCAAGCCGGAAGUACUUCUGUACAAAAGCUAUUCCUGAAAAGUACAAUGCCAUUAGAGAAAUUGUGCUGAAAGAGCUUACUGAGGUUCUGUGGUGUGGCGUAUCCACAGACUUGUGGAGGAGUGAAAACCAGAACAGGUCAUACGUAACCAUCGCAGUUCACUUUCUCAGCAGCAUUCCUGCCAACUGCCUGACUGUGAACUCACGGUGUUUAAAAACAUUUGAAGUACCGGAGGAUAAUACUGCAGAAACUAUUACACGAGUCCUUUAUGAAACUUUCAUUGAGUGGGGGAUCAAUACAAAAGUCUUUGGUGCUACAACAGAUUACAGUAAAGACAUUGUGAAAGCUUGCUCUCUCCUAGAUAUUCCCGUACAGAUGCCUUGUUUGGGGCACACUUUUAAUGCAGGAAUACAACAAGCUUUUCAGCUCCCCAAACUCUGCAGCCUCCUUGCCAGGUGCCGAAAGCUGGUGGAGUAUUUCCAGCAAUCUACUGUUGCAAUGUACAUGCUGAGUGAGAAGCAGAAGCAGCAGAACAUCCUCCACUGCAUGCUGAUAAGUGACCGUGUUUCCUGGUGGGGAAGUACACUCGCUAUGCUGCAGCGCCUCAAGGAGCAACAGUUUGUCAUUGCAGCUGUUCUCGUUGAGGACAGCAACAACCAUCACCUCAUGCUGGAAGCCAGUGAGUGGAAUACAAUCGAGGGGCUGGUGGAGCUGCUGCAGCCCUUCAAGCAGGUUGCAGAGAUGAUGUCUGCUUCAAAGUACCCAAUGAUAAGUAUGGUGAAGCCACUUCUCCACAUGCUUCUGAAUACUACCCUGAACAUCAAAGAGAAUGAUUUGAAAGAAAUCAGCAUGGCAAAGGAGGUGAUUGCUAAAGAGUUGUCAACCACCUACCAGCACGCACCUGAGAUAGACAUGUUUCUCAAUGUUGCAACUUUCUUGGAUCCUCGCUACAAAAAACUGCCUUUUCUUUCAGCCUUUGAGCGGCAACAGGUUGAAAACAGAGUGGUGGAAGAAGCAAAAAGCCUGCUGGAGAAAGUAAAAGAAAAUACUUUUAGGACUGAAGAGAAAUUCUUCACUGUUUCAGAAGAGCCGCCUGUGAAAAAAAUCAUCAUCUCCUCUACUCCUCCUCCUACCAGUGUCAUCAACAACAUGCUCGCAGAGAUCUUUUGCCAGACAGGAGGUGUGGAGGACCAGGAGGAAUGGCACGCUCAAAUCGUUGAGGAGUUGAGCAACUUCAAGUCUCAAAAGGUCCUUGGUUUAAAUGAAGAUCCUCUGAAAUGGUGGUCUGACAGACUAGCACUGUUUCCAGUUUUACCAAAGGUUCUUCAAAAAUACUGGUGUAUUAUGGCCACAAGGGUCUUCCCUGAACGCCUUUUUGGUUCUUCUGCUAAUGUUGUAAGUGCAAAGAGAAACCGAUUAGCCCCAGCUCAUGUGGAUGAACAGGUCUUUUUGUACGAAAACAGUCGGAAUGGGUCCGAGGCAGAACCAGAGGACGAAGAUGAAGGAGAGUGGGGUUUGGAACAGGAACAGAUUUUUAAUUUAAAUGACUCAGUAAAUGUAAACAACAAUUUCUUUAAUAUCCGAGACAGUGGGUUUGUUUAACAGGACUGCUGUGGUACAUUUAAUAACAACAACAAAAAAGGUGUUUGUCUUAAGUUACCAAAAAUACUUCUGUUUUAUGCUAUGAAUGCUGUAAAUAUUGAACAGUUGUAUGAAACUUAAUUCAACUUCCAUUGUCUGUGUUUUUCCCACUGUCUUAAAACGUGAAUGAGUUGUGACUAAACAGCACUGAAAUGAAUUGAGGAAAUAAAUUCUACAAAGACCGUGACUUCUGACUGUGGCCCAGAUUUCAGAAAGCACUUACCUGUGUGCAACCUUUCCACUUGCUACUGUGGGAGACAAACACACGCUUAUGUGUUUUCUAUCAUAAAAAUAUUUUCCUGAAUUAGGAGCUUUAACAAAGGAAUUUUUAACAUUAUGCCUCCACAAUCCUGUGUGACUCAGGAUGUUAGCUUUAAAUUUUGGAUUUUAAAACAUUUUUAAAAUCCAUAAAUCUGAGCAGUAAAUAUUUUUAGAGUAUAUCAACGGUACGGAAUAAAAAAAACAUCUUGAGCCUGAUUUUCACUACCUCAUGUCUUAGGACUGGUCUGUGCUAGAAAAGGUCAGCUGGUAUAAUUCUGUCUAUUAGAGGACUAAUGUAUUAUUUUAACUGAUACUGUGCUGGCAUAGGCUGUACUGUGGAUGCACUUGUACUGGGAUAAGUUAUUUUCCAGUGUGGUAUAAAUGGUACAAACACGUCUAAAUUGGUAUUGCUGUGUCCACAGUAGUCCAGUUUUACCAUUUAACUGCAGCAGCCAAAUGGCAAAAUUUGUUUGCUUUUGGUUUUGGGUUUGUUUGUUUGUUU